UGGAUUUUUCACCAUGUGUUGAGGACAUCAACUAAGUAUCCUUGGCUUAUGCUUUACCUAAGAUCAGAUGCCACAUUUGGUUUUUCUGGUGGAUACCAUUAUCCAACUAGGGGCAUGUCAAAAAUUAUACCAGAAUCACCAAAUUUUAAGGUGAGAUUCACAUUGAAUGUGAUAAGGGGAGGAGGUCCAAGCAGCCAAUUUUACUUAAUGGACAUGGGAAGUUGUUGGAAGAACAAUGGAAAUCCAUGUGAUGGCAAUGUAACAUCCGACGUUACGCGAUACAACGAGAUGAUCCUGAAUCCAGAAACACCAUCUUGGUGCAAACCAGAUAGCCCAAAAUUAUGUCCACCAUAUCACAUUUUCCCUAAUGGAACAAGAAUUCAUCGAAACGAUACGACUCAUUUUCCCUAUGAGGCUUAUCAUAUGUAUUGUGCACCUGGAAAUGGAGAACAUAUUGAACAGCCUAGUGUUCAUUGUGAUCCUUAUAGUAAUCCUCAGCCUCAGGAAAUUCUGCAGAUUUUGCCACAUCCUGUUUGGGGAGAUUAUGGUUAUCCUACUAGGAAAGGAGAUGGUUGGAUUGGAGAUCCAAGAACAUGGGAACUUGAUGUUGGGAGGUUGUCACAUUCACUUUAUUUUUACCAGGAUCCAGGAACUAAACCAGCAAGGAGGAAAUGGAGUUCAAUUAAUUUGGGAACAGAAAUUUAUAAAGAACCAAAUCAAGUGGCAGAGUGGACUGUUACUGAUUUUGACAUUCUUGUACCUAAGAAAAAGUAGUAGCAGUAGACAAGGAAGGGGGAUUAAUUUCUUUUUUCUUUCUUAUUCAUUUUUACGGAGGGAGCCUUGGAGCAACGGUAAAAUUAUUUUCGUGUAACCUAUAGGUCACGGGUUCGGGCCGUGAAAUCAGCCACUAAUGCUUGCAUCAAGAUAGGCUACCAACAUCAAACCCUUGGGUUGCGACCCUUUUCCGAACUCUGCGUGAAUACUGGAUGAUUCAUGUAUGGGAAGAUUCAAUUCAAUGUGGUCUGAAGAAAGACCACAAGUUUUCCCCAAGGGAUGUAUUUUUAAUUUUUUUGUAUCCAAUUGUGUACUUGGAUGUUUUUUUUUUUUUUUUU